AUGAACUCCACAUCGACUUUGUGUAGUCUCCCUACUGAGAUACUUCUCAUGGUUAUGGAGUGUUUGGAGUGCCCUAUCAGUAUAAGGGCGCUCGCAUACUCCCAUCCCAGAGCCUUCCAUCUAUUCCAGAAGCAUCGCCAAAAUCUCUUGGGCCCAGCCCUGAGUGUUCUCAACGACAUGUAUCCAAUUGACGAGCUAUUGGAAGACGCCGUUCUCGCUUGUCGGCUCCGGCUUACUAUGCGCAACGUCGUCCUCUUAAGUCCUCCAGAAGCGAUGCAAAAGGUCUCUGAGGCAGAAAUGCAUGGUAUCUCAGUACCUAGGGACUGGUACAGCCUCACUCUACUCUGUGAACUCAGCAGCCUGAACAAGGAGAGGGACCAGUUUAUCUCAAGUUACACCGCGCAUGCCUGGGAGAAGAUACAGACAGACUGCAGGAGGGAACUCGCACGCCACAUUGGUCGCCGCAUUAAUCGUCCGAAUAUUAUGCCUUAUCAAAGUGUAAACCUUUCUGAUAAUGAGCUGGAGCGGCUACAAGAGGCUUUUUUGGACUUCGAAAUCACGCGCCACUGUCUCGCUUACAACAAGCUUAUAUUGUAUGACACGGACUUAGAGGACGGGAUGCUUUUGCCCAUCUAUGACGAAAUGUCUUAUCUGGUGGGGCACCUCGAGAAUGACAGCAUCAAGCGCUCUCGCCAAUCCAUCUUUUGCUUCAUAUUUCAAUCCUAUGGCAAACUCAUUCGCCAGGUUGAGGAACAACUUGAGCUGGAAAUCUUACGGCAAACAAUACGGCAAACAACAGAACCUCGACUUUCUGAUCUUGUCUCCGUAGAAAGGUUUCGUAACAGGACUCAAUCUGAGGAGCUGCGGUACAUUGCUUUGCUGUGCCUGCAGGGCUAUGUCUGUUUGAGAAUUGCGGAGGAGUACACCGACGGUGUACUGCGAGCAUUUAUUCUCAACAGCUUCAUGUGGUUUUUCAAAGAUGGCAAGAAUCAUAUUCCAGACCCUGAUGGAAGACUGGCGUGUGGCCUUGAACGGUUCACGCCGGAGUAUUAUCCUGACGAUGAUACAGCUCAUGAGGCAUGGAGCCGAGGGCGAUGCUUCUGGGACAGAUCCCGCAUGUGGCAUCUUCAGGUUACCACCAUGUACUAUAUUGACUGCUGUCCACCAUAA